AUGGCAAAAAACUCUGGCAAUGAUGGUUUGGAGUCCCUAAAAUACAAGACAUGGGUGUUGAAAAUCUUCAUCCAUUGUGAAGGUUGCAAGAAGAAAGUCAAGAAAAUUCUUCAGAGCAUUGAUGGUAAGUGUCUAUGGAACACCAUUGAUGCUCAGCAGCAUAAAGUUAGUUUCACUGGGAAUGUUGAUCCCGAAACAGUAAUCAAGAAACUGGUGAAAAUGGGGAAGCAUGCAGAGGUUUGGCAAGCAGAAGAGUUUGGCAAUCAAGAGAAAAAACCUAGCAAGUCGAAGAAAAACAAGAGCCAACAGGAAAACAAAGAUGCUGAUGAUGCUAGCAACGAUGAGGAGAAAACUUCGGCAGUGAAAACUGAAAGUACUGUUAAAGAUGGCGGCAAAGGCAAGGUAAAUCCGAAAGGUCAACCGGAGGACAUUUGUAGCAAUGUUAAGGAAUCUAUGGUGGAGGGAAAAGGUAGCUCUGGUGGCAUUGGCAGCAAAAAGAAGAAAGGACAGAGCAAUAAUGCAGCCAAACGGGGAGCUGAAAAUGGUGGCAAUAGCGAUGGGUCUCCUUUAUCUGCUCCCCAAAUGGACAUACCGAGUGGAAUGAAAGAUCCCGGCCUGUUGUGCGAGCAAAUCCACCCAUAUCAUCAGGUUUACCAUCCAAUCCCAGAGUAUGGAAUGAGUUACAACACGGCGUAUCCUAGUACUAGUAACUCUUCAUAUUAUGAACCCGACAUGCAAGCUUAUCCUUAUCCCCAUUACUAUGCACCACCUCCCCCACCGUCUGAUCCAAUCACAACCAUGAAUGAUCACAGUGACUAUGAUUAUGAUGAUGAUGAUAGUGGAUGCACAGUCAUGUAA